UCAAUGGCAACAACUUCCAUCAAUUGUCAACAAGAGAAGUUUACUCCCUCUACUAGGUUUUAUUACAGCUGACAUUUUUAAAGAAAUGGCAUCCUUUAAGAAGAUAAAUACUAAAGUAUUUGCAAGAUCAGGAUCUGAAUUAACUCCUGAUAAUAUAUACUGGAAAAAGUAUACUACUCCGGUCUUGGUUAAGGAAUUCGGACCGAUUGAUUACAUAGAUUUUUCACCCGUGGAACCGCAUUAUUUUGCUGUUACUUGUUCAGUAAGAGUACAAGUGUACAAUCCAAUUACAAAGCUAGUCACAAAAAACCUUAGUAGAUUUAAGGAAGCUGCUUAUGGAGGCUCCUUCCGCAACGAUGGAAAAUUACUUUGUGCUGGUGGAGAAGAAGCGGUCGUCAGACUUUUUGAUGUUAACACAAAAAGCCUUCUACGGCUGUUUUCUGGACACAAAGCAUCCGUGCAUAGAACACUUUUUACUGCAGAUAAUCAUCACAUUGCAUCUUUCUCUGACGACAAAACUGUCAUAGUUUGGGAUAUACCUACUGAAAAGCAAACUAUAUCUUUUAACGAACAUUCUGAUUAUAUCAGAGCUGGUGCAGUUAGUCCAAUCUCCAAAGACAUACUGUUGUCUGGAGGUUAUGACAAACACAUAUAUAUGUAUGAUACAAGAACAAACACAAAAAUUCUUAAUGUAAACCAUGAAGCUCCUGUUGAAAGUUUGUUAUUCUUGCCAUCCGGUGGAAUAUUUUUAUCUGCAGGUGGAACUGAAAUUAGAGUAUGGGAUGCACUUGCUGGUGGCAGAUUGCUUGCAAAGAUCACCCAACAUCAUAAAACUGUAACUUGCCUAAAAAUAGCUUCAAAUGGUCACAGAAUUUUGUCCGGUUCAUUGGAUAGACAUGUCAAAAUUUAUGAUUCUGGAACAUACAAAACUGUCCAUUCUUUAGAUUAUCCAAAUUCAGUUCUAAGCAUAGGGAUCAGUUCGAACGAUGAAACUAUUGUAGCUGGUAUGGUGGAUGGCUUAAUUUCUGUGAGAAGACGAGAAGAAGAUGUUAAAAAUGAAAAGCCCCAGCGUAAAAAAGUAUCGUAUAGACAUUCCGGUAAAAAUUUGCACGCACCGCACGUAGAUAUGGUGGUGCACGAAGAAAUGAAAGAAAUUAUGGCCAAACACGAUACCUAUUUAAGAAAGUUUCAAUACUCCAAAGCAUUGGACUGUGUAAUGGCGAAUUAUGUUGUGAAUAAAACACCGCACGUUACGGUUGCACUCAUGCAGGAACUUAUCAGAAGACAAGGUUUAAAACAAGCCCUUAGCGGUAGAAAUGGAAAGUCUCUUGUAAAUAUUCUUAAAUUUUUGAACAAGCAUAUAGGAAGUGUUCGAUUUGGAAGAGUAUUAUUACAUGUUGCUAAUGUUUUAAUGGACGUCUAUGAAGAUCAUUUGGAUGAACUUGCAGCAGAACCACGAAAAAUGUUUACGAUAUUAGCAUCGAAAUUGGAAGAAGAAGAAAAUUUAAUAUUAGCAUUGUCAGAAUUGCAAGGAAAGUUACACAUGAUACUAUCUGCUGCAGAAACUGUACAUCCAACACCAGUCAAAGAUUCUCAGGUUUUAGAACCCUCGAGUGCUGCUCAAAAGAAUCUAAUAUUAAGUAUAGCAUAA